AUGCCGUCUCCCGCAACCCGCGGCUGGUCCUUGUCGCAGCUCUGGCGCGACGACGACGAGGAAAUGGCCAACAAAAAGGAUGAUGAUCUUGGCCUGCCUCGGCACGCCAAGCAGUCUGAUCAGUGGCAAUCUGCGCCCAAAUCUUCUCUACGCUUGACCGCGCUGCUUCGGCUUAUUGUAUACGCCGUUGCUCUCUUCAUGCUGGUAUAUGGGUUGUUCAGACCUCAAGCUAAACCUCAAAGCGACAGUGGGAGUGGAAAAGAUGAAAGCAAAGUUGCGGCAGAAGCUCCCAAGACGUACAAUGGACCGCUGAAGCUCCCGAACUUGGGCCCGUCAUUGCAAGCCGUCAUCACGGACACGUCGGGGAGACUACCGAAGAAUCGCAACGUCUUAUUCGCAGCUGCUAAUCUUCAGAGUGCGGCACUCUUGCUCCCAAUGGCAUGUCAGAUGGCCACGGAGCGCCAGAACUAUGUACAUUUCGCCUUGAUGAGCAGGAGUGACGUGCCCAUGAAAGAAUUGCUCGCGAUAAACGGCAUCGACAAGGGAUGCCCCUUGAUUGUACAUGAUGCUCGCCCUGACCAUUCCACAAUAGCAACGGAGGCACGGAUGUCUCUUUCUGUGGCCCGAGCUCUAUACUAUAUCAAUCUUUACAUGCACCCCCAAGCCAUCAUCAUAGACUCUACGGCCACCGAGGAACACUAUUUCCUCUCUGGCAUUCGCGACGAGGUCCGAGGCAUGGAAUCUACCCUGAUUGAGCUUCCAGAGAGGCCGGGCACUCGAUUCUCGUGGCUGUCGAAGCUUGACGCUUCUGCACUGGCAGCGUGGAAUGAUGUCAGCUUUGACAUUCUCAUCCAUGCCCCUCCGCACGGCACAGGAAACCUCAAGCGGCUUCUUAGAUCUCUGGCUAGAGCUGACUUGGCUGGCGUGUCUCCGCCUCACUUGACCAUUGAGCUUCCAACAGUGAUCGAACAAGACCUGAGCAAUUUCUUAAGCGGAUAUGAAUGGCCAUCCAAGGCUCCCAGCGCAGGUCCGAAGCCACGGCUUCUCUCGCUUCGCCAUCGUAUCCCUAGGCAGAAAUUGAGCGAAGAGGAGAGCUCUGUCAGGUUCCUCGAGUCAUUUUGGCCGACCAAACCGUCUCACUCUCACGUCUUGGUUCUGUCGCCUCACACCGAAGUGACUUUUCAGUUCUUCCAUUAUGUCAAGUAUUCCCUCCUGCAGCGGCGGUAUUCCACGAUUGCAUCUCGACAGGAUUGGGAAAGUAAACUCUUCGGCAUCAGCUUCUCGGCACCAACAACGUAUCUCGACGAUACCACCCAAUUUGUACCUCCAAAACCACUCGAGGGACAGGAAUUUGACACAGAAGGCACUCCCUUCCUUUGGCAGGCCCCCAACAGCGAUGCGAUUCUUAUCCUGGGGGAUAAGUGGAUAGAGCUUCAUGGCUAUGUAUCUCAGCUUUUAGAGAAGCAGCAUGCCUCGUCGACAACACCAGAUCUCCUCGCCAAGAAAGAGGUUGGCAAAAAACACCCUUCUUGGCUGGAAUACACGCUUCAGCUGUCGCGAAUUCGGGGAUAUUUUACCGUCUACCCUACCCAGCAGACCGCCAAUGCCAUUAUCGGCGUUCACACCGAUCUCCAUGAUGUGCCUGAGGAAUAUGAAGGAGAGGAGGAUUCCGAGCAAGGACAAGACUCUAUCAAGCUUGCUGCGGAAUUAUUCGAUCCCGCAUCGCAAGUAGAUAUGUUGGCGACUCUGCCGCAUGAGGGCGAGUUGCCGCUCCUCUACCACCUCCCUUGGCUGACGUGGGAUGGUAAAGAGACGUAUGACGGUGCUAUUCAGAAGAUUGCUGCCAAUUACAAGCAGGCGUUCCGCAGCCAAGUCGGGCAGUGCAAAGAUGAAAGUAUGGACGUUGUUCCGGUUGUUGAUUCGUAUGCUAGGGAUUUGUUCUGUUUUACCAAGGGAUGA